AUGUCAACCAACAGCUCCGUUCCGUCCACCUCCAAUAUCCAGCGCCAAAUCCUUCAGCAAAUCCCAAUCCCCGCCCUCCCAGGCUACGAGUCCCGCCUCGUCCUCCUAACCUACCCUCCUGGCGUCAACGCCCCAGUACACACCCACCCCGUCGCAGCAACCGGUUACGUCCUCGAAGGCUCCGUCCUUUCCCAAUGGGACGGUCCCGACUCUCUCGAGGAGUUCUACACCGCUGGAGACAGCUUCGUCGACCAUGGCACCAGAGUUCACGUCAGGAGCGAGAACGUAAGUCAGGGUGGUACGGGCGUGCUGAGGAUGUUGAUCAGCUAUGUCAUUAAGGUUGGUGAGGCGAAUGUGAAUGCGCUGGAGUAG